UGUGAGUCUCGAGAGUGCGGGCCAGGUGCGGGCUUUCGCUGCUGACUGAUCAUCGCGUUUGAGAAACAGCUGGUCUGUACGGUGUACCGAAGGCCGUGACCGUGUCGAACGCCGCCGCGGCGCGCUCGUAUAGCCCCAGAUAGCCGCUGGACGUCCACUGCCUACCCCGUCCUCACCGAUUUCGUCAACGCUAUCAACCGUUCUCUGGGUCCUAUCCACGUCAGUGUGAUCCUUAAGACGAGCUGCAGAGGGGCAGACGUCUAGGUGCUGCCGGCUUGAGCCGCGGAGUCACCCACCAUGUCGACCAUAUCUACUCAGCUGCGCAACUUCAAGGAGCCGACGAAGGACCAGCAGACGCAGCUGUUCUUCGCGCUUCCACCGGACAAGCCGCUGGGCGAGAAGGAUGUAGAGUUGGAGAAGAUGGAGUGCCAGGCGUCGCUCGUCCUGUCGGGCGAGGAGGUGUUCGCGGGGAAACUGCAUCUGCUGCCGCCAUACUUGGCCUUCUGCUCGUCGGACCGCAAGAGCGCGCGGUUCACGAUCCCGCUAGGUACCAUUCGCAGGGUCGAGAGGCUUAAUGCUCGUGCCGGGGUGUACGCCUUGAGCUUGUCAUUGUAUCAUGGCAUGAAAUUCGUGAUCCACAUUACAUCAUUACGACCUACCGCCGAUCUCUUCUGCUCCUUGCUCCGUGACGCGCUCAAAGUCGAGUUGCAGCGGGGCCGCAUGAAGACGGUGAAGCCGUUUGUGAAGGUAUGCUACUCAGAGGUGCUCGUGGCAUCCGCAGAGAGCGAGGAGAAGGAGGCAGAAGCGGCGAAGACGGACGACAACUCCUCUAUUAACGAUUCGGCGUAUCUUGGAGGGUUAGGCUUGAAGUUCAAGUUCCCCGGUGACCCAAAGAAACUGCGCGAGGCUUCCAAAACCAAGCUGUGGACAACCUACCUGAAGUCCCAUGGUCGGAAUCUGACCCUCUUCCGUUAUGCCCAAUGUACACGCCUCGUACAGGUCGGCUUACCCAACAGGUUAAGAGGAGAGAUGUGGGAGACACUCGUAGGCUCCUUGUACCUCCGAUACGAGAAUCCGGGGUAUUACGAACAGAUUCUCAAAGAGAACGAGGGGAGGACAAAUACUGCGACGGAGGAGAUCGAGAAAGACUUGCACCGAAGUCUUCCUGAGUACUCAGCGUACCAGUCCGAGGAGGGUAUUUCGUCUCUACGAAGAGUGCUACAAGCCUACUCCUUCAGGAACCCAGAGACUGGAUACUGCCAGGCCAUGAACAUCCUCGCUGCAGCGAUCUUGAUUUACAUGUCGGAGGAGCAAGCGUUUUGGCUACUAGAGGUUAUUUGCGACCGUCUUCUGCCGGGUUACUACAGCCCAUCCAUGCAUGGCACCUUGCUUGACCAACGGGUGUUUGAAGCGCUUGUCCACCGAUGCCUUCCAAUUCUGUACGACCACUUCCAACAAGUCGAUGUACAGCUCUCGGUUGCGUCUUUGCCGUGGUUCCUCAGUUUGUUCAUCAACAGCAUGCCCAUGGUCUUCGCCUUCCGGAUCAUUGACUGCUUCUUCUGCAUGGGCCCGAAAGUGCUGUUCCAAGUGGGACUUGCGAUAUUGAAGAUCAACGGAGAAGAGCUAUUGCAGAUCCAGGAUGACGGUGGUUUCAUCCAACUGAUGCGCGAAUACUUUUCGAAGCUCGGCGAAUCAGCGCAUCCUGAGUCGUCUGACCCUCGUGCUCGCGCCAUCACGAGGUUCCAGGAGCUCCUGCUCGUGUCAUUCCGAGAGUUCGCGGUGAUUACUGACGACACUAUCGUCGCGGAACGACGAAGGUAUCGAUCAGAAAUCGUGAACAGCAUCGAGUCGUUCUCCAAACGCUCCGCGGUCCGGAACCUCAAGACGCUGGCUCGCUUCACGAAGGAGCAGGCGGGAUUGAUCUACGAUGCUCUCUUCAAGGCCAUCUGUGUGAUCCCUCCACCGGCAACGGUUUUCCCUACUCCAGCGCUCUUGACAACAAAGGAUGGCUCCGAAGAACGGCCUGAGACACGCAUCGGUCUUCGGACAUUCAAGGUGUUCCUCAGUGAGAUCUGUACGUGGGCCAGAGAUGAAAGGGUUGUCACGAAUGGCGUGUCGUCAAGAAUAGAGCGCGACGUCGCAGACCAUGAGCUCAUCGACCGCUUAUUCUUCUUCUGGGACACAUCCUACCGAGGCGCACUCUCCUUCCAGGACCUCGUCAAUGGCUUGGACGGUGUCAUGUUCAACGAUCUCAUGGAAAACAUCGAGUGGUUCUUCAAUCUGCAUGACAAGAACAAGGAUGGGUACUUGACCAAAGACGAAGUGCUGACGCUGUCCGAGUCUCUCCUAUUCAUCUUCCGGUUUGAAGUUGGCGAUGCAUACUUAGGAGCCGUCAGCCGCUUUAUGUCGAAUGCCUUCGAGUACGGCGACGCUCUCCUCCCCCGACAGGAUGGUGCGGAACCCAACAAUGACUCGCCUCCACCACAAAUAGAGUCCAAUCAGCCCUACAUGAACCUGGCGACAUUCCGUAUGGUGGUUCUCGCGGACGAGAUUCUAGAGUCGUUCUUCGAGACCGACUUUGACUCCACCUUCAGGCUUGAGCCUGUUCCAUUGGACUUGCCAUCAUCAAAUCCUUCAGUGCUCGGGUCUCUCUGGUCCAACAUCGCAUCAGAUGACAACCGCAAGUUCUUCAACAUCGUCACCGACCAGAUCGGUCGGACGAUCGGCAAGCACCAGGUGUAUCAUCGCCCGGCCAUCGGCAAGAUCACCUCGCUGGAGGAGCCGAAGGCUCGUGAAUCCCUCCUUACCCCGACGAUGCGUCACUCAACAUCUCAAACGAGUCUCAAUAACGGGGCUUCGGAUUCGGAUCUUGCCACGCCCUCUGUCUCUACUUCGUCCUCCCUCCUUACCGUGGAUACUCCUACGCCCAAAUCGAAGCUGACGUCUGCUGAGUACUCACCCAUGCCGAGUAUGUUGCAGGCUGCCGCGAACGCAGCGGCGUACAUGGAGCGUACGCCGUUCGCCAUCGACGAUGCGAAGGACGACGAAGAGGACACGGAUGAUGAAAGCGGAGUGGAGGAUGACGGUGUCAUGGAUGAAGUCGAUGCUUUCCUUGAGGAGCAUGAUACAGGCCUUACCGAUGCUGACAGAGAGCUAGCUAAAGAUCUCAUCAACGCAGAACCAGUAUGAUAGGCUGUCCGCUGUCCCCGGACUCGUCUCGAACAUCGUCUUGUCGCUUUUCCACAUGCUAUAUAGCUUUACAGGUUGUAACAGUAUCUACAGGCGUUCAUAACAGACAUCAAUGCAUAUUACACUAUUGUUAUACAAUCCACAAAGCACGGGGAGCGACUAACUUCACAGAGCGCAAUAUAGCUCGAUCGAAAUGGUGGACGUUUAGGUCCUGCGGUCAGUCCAGAUCCGGACGGUGAGGUCGGAUUCCAUAGAUGCUGAUGCAAUCAUGUUCUGCUGAGGGUGAGUCUGCGGGACCGCACGUUAGUGAUACAUACGUGGUAAACAAGGUUGUCAAGGGCUCACAGCAACGGCGACC